AUGUUGGGGGAACGAGAGGCGAGCUGUCGUCUGGAUAGGUAUUACUUCACUUCCGACCACGGCGACUGGGUGCGAGCGGUAGGCACGUUGAUUCUGGGCCCGUUCUAUGACCAUAACGGCGUCGAGGUACGUGUCGCGGUACCUGGUCGGUCGGUGCAAGUGAAGACGAGGCGGCAAGUGUACCCGCCGCCGAGGUACGCUGCACGAACUUACGAGGAAGUGACGACGGACUUUUUCGCAGGCACGUCGGCGCACCUGGUAAACGUAAUCACGGUCGUGGGUACAGUGAUUUACAAAGCGCGUGCUUAUGCGGGGUGGUUGGACAACGCGAAGAACGAGCUGCGGAAGAAGUACGUGACGGCGGCUCAGGACGCGCGACGGAGAUCAAUAACCGGCUACCACCAGUGCCUCAAGCGCCUGACCGACAGAAUUGAGGGCGCACUACGCUCUUGGGAUGGUGUGGAGGAUCAAGAAGUCAUCUCUGUGCUAAAGGCUCGACAUGCUGGCGCGGAGUGCAAAGCCGAGUGGCAGCAGAAGAAGCGACGAGCACUCUUUCGAUCGGAUCCUCCAGAGCGCAGCGGGACAAGGACGACGACGAUCGCGGGAGCUCGCGGAGGACAUGCGUGA